GGGCGUGCCAGGGGGCGGGGUCGUUGCUGGGCUGCUGAGGCGGCUGUGGAGGGGCCGGGCCGGGCCAGGAGGGCGCGGGGCGGCUGCUAGGCUGCUGGGCUGCGAGGCAAAGAGGCUGCGGGCGGCUCCGAGCGGCUGAGCGGCCGAGCAGCGCAGCGCAGCGGGAGGCCGGAGCGGCGGGGCGGGGCGGACGGUCGCCGGCCCAUGGAGCGGGGGAAGAUGGCGGAGGCGGAGAGCUUGGAGACGGCGGCGGAGCAUGAGCGGAUUCUGCGGGAGAUUGAGAGCACCGACACGGCCUGCAUCGGGCCCACGCUCAGGUCUGUCUAUGAUGGCGAGGAGCACAGUCGGUUCAUGGAGAAGCUGGAAUCCCGAAUCCGCAAUCACGACCGGGAGAUUGAGAAAAUGUGUAACUUCCAUUACCAGGGCUUUGUGGACUCCAUCACGGAACUUCUGAAAGUGAGAGGAGAAGCCCACAGGCUGAAGAAUCAAGUGACUGAUACGAAUAGAAAACUACAGCAUGAGGGGAAGGAACUGGUAAUAGCAAUGGAAGAGCUGAAGCAGUGUCGAUUGCAACAGAGAAAUAUUUCUGCCACAGUCGAUAAGUUAAUGCUGUGUCUGCCAGUCUUGGAGAUGUACAGCAAACUGAGGGAACAGAUGAAAACAAAAAGACACUACCCUGCCUUGAAAACCCUGGAGCACCUGGAGCACAGCUACCUGCCCCAAGUGAGCCACUAUCGUUUCUGCAAGGUCAUGGUGGACAACAUCCCCAAGCUGCGCGAGGAGAUCAAGGACGUGUCCAUGUCCGACCUCAAAGACUUCUUGGAGAGCAUCCGAAAGCACUCCGACAAGAUCGGGGAGACGGCCAUGAAGCAGGCACAGCAGCAAAGGAACCUGGAUAACAUCAUCUCCCAACAGCCCAGAAUAGGCAGCAGGAAAAAGUCCAAGAAAGAUGCCUUUACCAGCUUGGACACAGAGCUUGAAAGCACCAGCCCCAAGUCGGAGCAAGAUUCGGGGAUCCUGGAUGUGGAAGAUGAGGAGGAGGAUGAAGAGGUGCCUGGGGCCCAGGAACUGGUGGACUUUUCUCCUGUUUAUCGAUGUUUGCAUAUAUAUUCUGUUCUGGGUGCUCGGGAAACCUUUGAAAACUACUAUAGGAAACAGAGGCGGAAACAGGCCCGGCUGGUGCUCCAACCCCCGUCCAACAUGCAUGAAACUUUAGAUGGCUACAGGAAAUACUUUAAUCAAAUCGUAGGUUUUUUUGUGGUUGAAGAUCACAUUUUACAUACGACGCAGGGCUUGGUGAAUAGAGCCUACAUCGAUGAGCUAUGGGAAAUGGCCCUGUCAAAAACCAUCGCUGCCCUUCGGACACACUCGUCCUACUGUUCUGAUCCAGACCUGGUAUUAGAUUUGAAGAACCUCAUUGUCCUUUUUGCUGACACGCUUCAGGUGUACGGUUUCCCAGUAAACCAGCUUUUUGAUAUGCUGUUGGAGAUCAGGGACCAGUAUGGUGACACCCUGUUGAAGAAAUGGGCAGGUGUUUUCAGAAACAUACUUGAUUCCGACAACUACAGCCCCAUCCCAGUGUCCAGUGAGGAACUCUAUAAAAAGGUGGUCGGACAGUUCCCAUUCCAAGACCCUGAGCUGGAGAAGCAACCGUUUCCAAAGAAGUUCCCCUUCUCUGAAUUUGUGCCUAAAGUUUACAAUCAAAUUAAAGAAUUUAUCUACGCCUGUCUUAAGUUCUCAGAAGAUCUCCAUCUGAGCUCCACAGAGGUGGACGACAUGAUCCGUAAGUCGACAAACCUGCUGCUGACCCGCACGCUGAGCAGCUCCCUGCAGAAUGUCAUCAAGAGGAAGAACGUCGGGCUCACAGAGCUGGUACAGAUCAUCAUCAACACAACCCACUUGGAGAAAUCGUGCAAGUACCUGGAGGAGUUCAUCACCAACAUCACCAACGUGCUCCCCGAGACAGUCCAUACCACAAAGCUGUACGGAACCACCACAUUCAAGGAUGCCCGACAUGCCGCAGAGGAAGAGAUUUACACCAACCUGAACCAGAAGAUCGACCAGUUCUUGCAGCUGGCUGACUAUGACUGGAUGGCCGGGGAUUCAGGCAGCAGGGCCAGUGAUUAUCUGAUCGAUCUCAUCGCCUUUCUUCGAAGCACCUUUGCAGUCUUCACACACCUUCCUGGGAAGGUGGCUCAGACGGCGUGUAUGUCCGCCUGCAAGCAUCUAGCCACGUCCCUGAUGCAGCUGCUGCUGGAGGCAGACGUGAGGCAGCUCAGCCUGGGCGCCCUGCAGCAGUUCAACCUGGACGUCCAGGAGUGUGAACAGUUUGCCAGAUCCGGCCCGGUGCCUGGGUUCCAGGAGGACACGCUGCAGUUGGCCUUCAUCGACUUGAGACAAAUCCAAAAGUGAGUCUCACCAAAAUCCAAAGGAAGCUGAAAACCAAAGAGCCAAGAGAUGCUGAAAAACCACACAUGAGGCGGAGACCACCAAGAAUCUCACCAGAGCUCAGGCUGAAGAGAGUGUCACCAAAGCACCAACUGAGAGAGGGUCUCCUCCCCGAAGAACCAAGGAAACAAAGAGUGAAUCUUGUCCUCCCCUCUCGCCUUUUAUAGUCCUUUUUUCCACAUCAUUUCCUGUCUCUCUCCCACUUCACAGAAACCAAUCAUAGCCUCCCAAUUUAUCUAGUACUAUCUAAGGACAGGGUGGUGGUGCUUGUGGCCUUUGGGGGGUGUGAACUAGUAAGUGACUUAUGAGCUCUCUUACUUAAUGGUUAGCUAGUACCAAGUAGGGGUACUUCAAGUUCUUGAUUUUAUUAAAGUUUGCUUAUUGAUUACACAUUAAAAAUAAACUGAGUCUAAUUCUUUCUUCACACAUCAGAAGUGUUUCUGCAUCUAUUGAAAUAAUCCUAUGAACUUUGUUGGUUUUAUUAUUAAUAUGGUCAGUUAUAUUGAUAAUUUUCCUAAUAUUGAAUUAGCCUUGCAUUCUUGGUAUAAAUCCCAUCAGGUCAUAGUGAAUUAUACUUGUGAUAGUUUGCUGUAGUCUCCUUGCUAGUAUUUUAUUUAAAAUUUUUGCUUCAAUAUUCAUUAGGAAAAUUGGUCUAUAGAUUUCUUUCUCUGUUUUUGAUCUUCCUAGUUUAGGUAUCAGCACUCUAUUUGAGUUGUAAAAGGAAUUUCGUAAGAUUUCUUCUUCACCUAUUUUUAAAAAUAGUUUGUAUAGAAUUAGAAUUGAUUAUUUUUAAAUCUUUGCUAGAACUUGCUUAUGGUAGAAUUCACUAGUAAAUCCUUCUGACCCUGGAGGAGUUUUCUUAGGAGCUGAUUGAUGUCUUGGUCAAUUUGUUCUUUUAAGAUGGCAUUAUUUAAAAAAUUUUAUUUCCUCUUCUGUUAAUCUGGGCAAAUUUAUAUUUUUGAAAAUAUUCAUCUAUUUCACUUACACUUAGAUUUAUUGGCAUAUAAUUGGGCAGAAUAACUCCUCAUAAUUGCUUUAAUUUCCUUUUAUUGAUGGCAGAUUUACCCUUUUCAUUUUAGAUAAUUUGGUUUUCUUUUUUAUUAUUAAAUUAUGGUAACCAAUUGUUUAUCUUUUUUUUUGUUUGUUAUAAAAACCAGCUCCCAGCUUUAUUUCAGUGAUUUUCUUAGUUUUAAUUUCUUUCCUUUGAUUUUCAGGAUUUCCAAUUUGCUUUUUAAUUGAGGAUUUAAAAUUUCUUCUUUUUCCAGUUUUUUUAGUUGCAUGUGUGAUUCAUUCAUCUACUCUCUCUUUUUUAUUGAUGUAGGUGUUUAACACAUGCAAACAUUUCUAAAACAUUUAGUAUAUAUAAGAAAAAACUGCACUUAGCACUUGCAAUUUGAAGACAAACAGCCCCUGCCCUCAAGAACCUUAUAUUCUAAUGAUAUAGAAAACACAUACAGAUAUGAAGAUAUACAAAGUAAAUAUUAAGUUUUUUUUCCCAUUUGAAUUAGUUUAUUUAGUCAAUUUAGAACAUUAUUCUUUAGUUACAAUAAUCACAUUGUUUCCCUCCCUCCCCUCUGCCCACCCUUCCCACAGCCAACCCACAAUUUCAUUGGGUAUUACUUGUGUCCUUGAUCAGAACCUAUUUCCAUGUUGUUGUUUGCACUGGGAUGUUCAUUUAAAGUCUACAUUCCCAACCGCAUCCCUUUGACCCAUGUAGUCAAGCAGUUGUUUUUCUUCUGUGUUUCUAUUCCUACAGUUCUUCCUAUGAAUGUGGAUAGUGGUUUUUCUCGUAGAUGCCUCUGAGUUGUCCAGGGACAUUGCAUUGCCACUAAUGGCGAAGUCAAUGACAUUCGAUUGUACCACAGUGUGUCAGUCUCUGUGUACAAUGUUCUCCUGGCUCUGCUCCUCUCGCUCUGCAUCACUUCCUGGAGGUUGUUCCAGUCCCCAUGGAAUCCCUCCACUAAAUAUUAAGGUUUAACAGGGGUGUUCUAAUAGCUGAGACAGGGAGAAGGCUUGGAGCCAGGAAGAGCUUCCUAUAGAAGGUAGCACUUGAGCUGAGUCUUGAAGAAAUUCAGAGACUAUAAAAGUAGAGGUGAGAAGAAACCUUAUUCUAGGAAUGAGGGACGAAGGGUCCAAAGGCACGAAGGUGUACAGCCUACCAUGUGGGAGGCGAGAAGCUGAAGAGGUGGGAAGGGACCAGAUUGUUCUAAACUUUAAUUGUCAAACAUGGGAUUUGAUCCUACGUUAAGAAAGAGCCCGUGGCAUUUAUUGAGAUGAGGGACUGACGUAAACAGAGCUAUGGCCUCAGAAAAUCAUGUUGGCAGCAGGAUGGAUUUGAUUGGAGAGGAGGAAGGAGAGAGACAAACACAAGAAGGCUACUGCAGUGGUCCAGGCAAGGGUGGGGGGAGGCAAAUGGAGAGAAGGAACUGAGCCUCCAUUCAGCCAUUGUAAUUCUACGUGAUUCCAAUCAUCACAAACUCAUCCUAGAGCACUGUCUUUACAAUGGAGAGACUGAGGCCCAGGCCAUUUGUCAUUCACGUAGCCCAUUGCUUAUUUUGAUGUGCUGUGAUCUCUCUGAACACCGAAGCAGAAGAAUAAAAGCCUAAAGCCUAAGACCCAGCUGUAACAUUUGAAUUCCUCUCCUUUUGCUCUGGUCUCUGACUUGGACUUGGUAUUUCUGAUUGGCCAAGCCCUUGUGGGCUGUGUAGCUCCUCACUGGCAAAGCCCCUCCUUUCUUCUACCUCUAUACAGACACAGACAGACAGACAGACUCACACACACAUACGUAUUAAUCCAGUUCCCCUCUGUAGGUAAUCCCUGUCCUAAGCAGAAUGAAGCCAGACUCUGGGCCUAGGAGUCAUAGCCCUGCUUUCCCACUGGGGACCAGCUGAUUGGUCUUCAUUAGCCUUGAUUUCCUCACCUGUCAAAGGGGUUCUGCCAAGGAAAGCUGAUCAAACACUUGGCAGAGGCAAAGCCUGGGGAGUGAGUGGUUCUGGCUCUGUGUGUGCUGCUGAGUGGUAAGAUGAGAAUUACCCAGGAAACAGCCCCCACAACUGCCUGCGCGCCACAGAAUGGCCUGCGCCUUAUUAGAACCAUUGACAAGGCUUGAAGCCUCGCCGUGGUGGGCUGCCUGGAACCCAGGUUUCCAUCCAGAAGCACUCCUGUCUUUUUCUGCUCUGCACUCGGAAAUCACGUCAGCCCUGGAAAGCAGGAAACAAUAGGUGUGUAUGAAGUGGGUGUUUGACUUGGCACACUCCCAUCGCUCGUUCACAGAAAUCACAGCUGUACAAAUGGAGGGUAAAAUGCUCUUCAACCUAAUCAUGUUAAAUGUCCUACAGUUUAAUGCCUUAAUUAUAUUGCUGACAUUUGGCCCAGCUUAGAAAAGAUUUGGUAAUCAGGAGUGGGGUAAAGCUUCCGUUGCCCAGGACAAGACUGACUUUAUAAUGGAGGAGAAUGGAAAGUCGUUUGCUAAACCAGUCAGCACAUUACAUAGCCCCGUGAGAGGGGGUCAGUGGGUGCUCCAUUUGAGUCAGCCACCCUUGGACCCUGCAAGCCAGAGCUCCAAUCCCAUUGCCACCACUAUCUGAAAGGCAAGCCCAAAUGUCAGAAGGUGGAAUUGUUAAGGAGUUGGGAGGCCAUGCAUGGCUUUUAGAGGAAAAGGCACUGGAAUUCAUGUCAGAAUUCUUGGGCUCUGCCACUGACUAGCUAUGCCAACUGGAGGAAGAUGCUUCCUCCCUUAGUGUCCCCGUUUGGAAAA